AUGUCUGCAAGUCCAAAUACCCAUCUGAAUACCCCUCUUGCUUCUGAUAUCAAUGUCAUUUGGCAAGCAGCGAUUGAUCGCUAUGAGCAAAAUAGCAUGACCAAAGUUGAUUUUCUCUCUGCGACGUCCGUGGAUGACAUAGUAAAUGCGCUUCAAGACAAAGGAACGGUAUUCCGGAAUUUUAGGCACAGUGGUUCAAAAUUUGACAAGUUCAGAACCCUUGUGACCAAUAUCAUGAAUCGCAUCAACAUCGCUUCUCCACCUAGUGCCGCAAUAUUCGUAGCUAUACGCUAUGUCAUGAGCGCAGUAGUUUCCGUAUCGGCAGACUACGAUAAGAUUAUUGAGUUUUUCGAAGACCUGGAUUCUUACCUCAGCCGGCUCAAAGUUCUUGAGGUGGAUAUAGAUAUGUCGACCCUGCCAGAACUGAAGAGUGUUCUGAUAGAAGUCCUCGUGUCAGUGUUGGAUCUUUGCGGGAUCUCCGCGAAGCAUAUUAGAAUGAAGCGAAUCGGUGAAGACGAAGAGUUGGCAUCCGCAUAUGCUCGCUUCCAUAGAGCGAUAGACCGCGAGGAGGGAGUUGUCAGAAAUGCCACACUUGUGGCGGUAAACCGGCUUCAAAAGUUAUCAGUAGAGAAUAACCGUACUUUAGUGGAGAAGACGGAACGUGUUGAGAAGCUUUUACUAAGUCUAAUUGUAUUCGCAGGCAGAGAGGCAGCCUCUGAACGUGAUAACGUUCUUGAAAAGUUGUCAACACACAGCUUUCACGAAAAGCAAAGAGACACUUUUGAAAAGCAUUCGGAGGCCACCGGACAAUGGCUGUUAGAGAGCACUGAGUUCCAGCAAUGGUUCAAUGGCAAUCAGAGUUCGGUCCUCUGGUGUUAUGGAAUCCCUGGGGCGGGAAAAAGUGUUUUCACAUCCAUUGCAGUUAAUUAUGUUAACGAUGCUACACAUGCAGCAAAAGCCGCUGUGGUAUACUUAUAUAUUGACCACAAGAAUCCAACAACACACUCCGAGUUCCAACUUCUAGCAAAUAUAUGUCGCCAGCUUGCGGAACAAAUUUAUCCCAUCCCUUCUACAGUGAGAGAUUUUCUUGAAAAGAAUGCAGUAAGGAAAAGAAACCCCAGCGAAGAUGAAUGGGUUUCGCUUAUCGUGCGUCUUUGUUCUUUGUUUGCUAAAGUUUAUCUUUUUGUUGACGCCUUGGACGAAUGCCCCGAGAGAAAUAGGCAUAAAUUUCUGCAUUCAAUGAAGAAACUCGAGGGAUCUGUCCGUUUUUUCUUUACCUCUCGUCCUCAUAUAGAUGAUCUCGCUCAUUUUACGAACCUUACCCGAGUGGAAAUUUCCGCAAGUGGAUCUGACAUAGAGACUUAUUUGGAACUUGAAAUCAUGAGCGAUACGAGAUUGUGCAAGCUUCUUGCUAAGGACUGGGGAUUGAAGGACUCUAUAAUUCAGCUUGUGAAAUCAAAUGCUGCUGGCAUGUUUCUACUUGCCUCUCUGCAGAUGGAACUCUUGCGUGGUCAUAGUAGUUUGAAGAAUGUGCGAAUAGCUAUGAAUGCGCUCACAGCAGAUGUCGGCGAGACUUACCACUCUACCAUGGAAAGAAUCAAGGGUCAAAGUCCGCAGGACUACGAGCUUGCACAAAGGGCACUUUCAUAUAUUUUUCGUGCGAUGAGGCCACUCAACGUUGAAGAACUGCGCCACAUCUUAGGUGUCGAAUUGCAAGAUACCGAGUUGGACCAAGACGCUUUUCCGGAUAAAGAUAUACUACUCGGUGUUUCCGCUGGCCUGAUCAGGGUUGAUGAGAAGAGCGGCAUCAUAGGCCUUGUCCAUCAUACUCUCCACGAAUUUUUUUCGAGACACCCCGAGGAACUUGUGUCUGAUCCUGAUAACGAGAUUGCGAAUGUUUGCCUUACAUAUCUAUCUUUCGAUGCUUUUGAGAGCGGACCGUGCUCUGACGGAGAUACAUUAUCGCAGCGCAUGCAAGAAUAUCGACUACUUGAUUACGCCGCACAUAAUUGGGGAUACCACGUCCAGAAGCAGCUCCACAAAGAAAUAGACUUGAUCUUGGCAUUUCUUGAACAAAGCAGGAAGUUAGUGUCUUUUGUCCAGAUAUUGCAUGUCACCCGGUAUCGGACCAGAGACUGGUACGAUCGUUUCCCUAGACAAUUUGGGCCUCUUCAUGCCGCGGCAUAUUGGGGUCUGGAGGAGGUUCUAGGCUAUCUGUUAGAGAAAGACUUCGAUGUUGAUGAAAAAGACAGUAAAGAAUCGACCCCACUACUUAUAGCAGCUAUGAAUGGACGAACAGAAGCGAUCCGCUUCUUGCUCGACAAGGGUGCGAACAUCAAUGCACUGAAUCACCGCGGGGAAUCAGCUCUGUAUUGGGCGGCAAGAAAUGCAUAUAGAGAAACCUCGGAGCUCCUUCUUAAGAGAGGAGCUGAUCUUAUCAAAGAUGAUGAGGGAUGGUCAGCACUGAACUGGGUGAUCCUUAACGGAGACGUUGAGCUAGCGAGAGUGUUAUUCGAUAGCAGUGUCGAUCUAGACGCUGGAGGAGAUGGGAGAAACGAAGCACUGUUUCUAGCAGCUGAAGAAGGAAAAGACGUACUCGUACAGAUGCUCCUUGAUAAUGGAGCCUACAUUAAUGCUCGGGACUGGGUGGGCAGUACAGCUUUGGAUUUUGCGUCCACAAUAGGCCACGAAGCUACUGUACGGGUCCUUUUGCGGAACAACGCCGAUAUUAACUCGAGAGACGAGUACUGCAACUCGGCUUUACACUGGGCAUUGUCCUAUGAAGGAGUUGUACAUAUAUUGGUUGAAGGAGGCGCCGAUGUCAAUGCUAAAAAUGACGAUGGGCACACUCCACUCUGCUGGUCCGCCCAGAGUGGGGCAACAUCAGUGGCAGAAAUACUGCUCAACAAUAAUGCGGAUGUCAAUUCACAGGACAUUUCUGGACUCACAGCCCUCCAUAAAGCGGCCCUAGGAGGGUAUGAGUCUAUGAUACAAUUGCUACUGAAACAUGGUGCAGAACCUAACCUCGAAGAUAAGGAUGGGUGGACCCCUUUGCAUUGUGCAGUUGUGAAAGGACAUGACACCCUAGUACAGUUACUAGAAGACAAAGUCGAACAUGGACGGACUAUUGUUGAAUCAUUAACAGCAGAAAGACAUGAUGCCAGGAAGCGAGCUGUAUUAACGAAACUCGCAGACAAAAAAGCCCAGGGAAGUACGGCACUUACUGGUCUACGCUUCGCCGCACAGGAGGGCCAAAUUGGUAGAAUACAGAGCAUGCUUGAGAAGGGUGCAGAUAUCAAUGCGAGGGAUGCUGGAGGCUGUACAGCUCUCGAAUUAGCCGUUUUCCAACAGCAAAUGGAAGCUGCUGUGCUGCUCCUCGAACACGGUGCGGAUCCGAACAAAUGCGGCUCCGAUGAUAUGCCACCGUUAUUCUAUGCUAUUAAAGGGAGAGACGAGAGGAUGGUACGUCUGCUUAUUGAACAUGGAGCAAAUGUUACCACAAGGAUCGACGACUCCACAUUGAUGCAUCUUGCAGUAGAUAUAGGAACCUUUGAAAUAGUGCAGUCACUUAUUGAUGCAGGUGGUGAUAUUCAUGCAAAGGAUAUAUCUGGACAGACAGCACUGCAUUUUGCUGCUGCGAAUGGCCAAGAAGCGAUAACGCUGAUGUUAGUCCAGGCAGGAGCUAACUUGGACGACACUGACUACCGCGGAAGAACACCACUAAUGCUCGCAACGGAGAGCCUGGAACCAGCCGUGGUGAAAUUACUCCUGGAUAACGGAGCAUCAAUUGGAAAAAGGAACCGAGAUGGUUAUAGUGCGAUUGAUAUAGCAAAUAUUUUGGAGAGCGAACCCAUCAUGGAGUUAUUACUUGAAUGUGAGUCGCACAAAAACGCUGGUAUUCAGGAGGCUUUCAAUGAGCUACGCGUUUCACGUCCUAGCGUUACAAAAUAGAAGUUAGGACUGGAAUACAGUAAUAUGUCCAUGUUAACUUGAAUCCUAAGGCCUGAGACACAUUCAGUGCAGUCGACACGCUCACUUUUCUCCCAAAUUAACUCAUGGGAAGCAGAAUAAGUUAUAGGCUCAACUAGGCAUCUGUACUUCUUUCCCUUUGCCACCACCCUUGUAUAUAAGCACUUAGAUACCCCCCUCUGUUUUGUGUUGAUCACUCAUGUUUCAUGAUACAGCGAAAUUCAAAAACAGCUUCUGCCUAGAUC